GGGAGAUUCCAGUUCAGCAACAGAGGAACUGAAGUUUGUCCUGAAGUCUCUCCCAAUCUCCUGUGUGACCCCGGUCUCCACCAGGACAGCGUUCUCCCUCCAGCAUGUACAAACCAACUGGAACCAUCUUCUACCAGAAGAGACCCAGCAGGGGUCCAUGCCAUGUUGUGGAGUUGCCAUGUAAACACUUUGCUGAUGAGCACAAGCUGGCGAUGCUGGUGAAGUGGACCCUGGAGAAGGGAAAUUGUAUCUUCAUGUGCACCUUGUGCCCAAGAGGGGGGAUCCCCUGGCAGACCAUUCGCCAACUGCUCCAACUGCCCGAGGACGAGCUGAGGAUCUGUGAGAGCAAACUCGUGGCGAACGCACAGAAACUAUCGAUCCUCCUAAAUAAGUGCCCAGUGUGUUCCAGCCUGGUGCAGCGUGUGUCGGAGAAGGAGCUGAUGGUGACCUGCCCAUCGUGCCCCGGUUCCGGAGGGAAGGAUCACCGAUUCUGCUGGGAAUGCCUCCGAGUUUGGAAAGGGGAUCUGGGAGAUCAAUGUGGAUAUGGAGACUGCAGAUGCCUGGUGCUGCUGAGAUCAUGCUCAGUCAUUAAUGCACCGCAGAGCGCUGUUCACCAGUGUCCCACUGUUCGCAGCUGCCCAGAGUGUCAUGUUCUCCUCAGCCACUGGGGGGGCUGUAACAACAUGGUGUGUCCAUAUUGUAGAUGUACUUUCUGUUACCGAUGUCUUGCGGUCAGUCUCCAUUAUAGCACCUCGUGCAACAUUCAGCCUAACCCUUCCAUCCUGUAACAACAUCUCCCCACCUCCCCCCACACCCCCAACACCCCCACACCCCCCAACCCCA